AUGCUUGCUUUUGUUUCAAACAAAAAAGUGUCUUUACUAACACUCAAAAUUAUAAAGUUUCUAUUGGUGAGUUUCAUUUGUUCAAUUGUUGGUAUUAUUUUAUUUUCAAACAAAAACAGAACGAAUGAAAUUGUUCAUGUGCUAGACGGUCUGAAAACACAAAACCGUUACUCUAUUUCACUUCCAUCAUUUUUGUGUUUUAAUAUUAUUGCGGUUAUUUUAUGUUUUCCUUUAUCUUUCCACCAAGUGUUAAGUGGGUAUUGUCUUGGAGCAGGGAUAGGUGCUAUAAUUAAUGUAGUUGGAACAGUAAUUGGAAUAGGUAUAUCUUUUGUGUUAAAUAAACUAGUUAGAAAAAUACAUAUCAUUGCUUCAAAAAUGCAUCCUAAUUUUUGUCAAUGGGCAGAACAAAAAGGAUUUUUUUAUAUCUUUUUAAAUGUCUUUUCUCCAAAAUUGACAAUUGGAAUGUCUGUGUACCUUAUUUCUAAAAAUCGUUAUAUUUCUUAUCUAACUGCUAUAGUAACUGCAUCAAUUAUAUUAUCAGCUUUUUAUUCUUAUACUGGCUCCUUGAUGGACCCUUUUACUAUAUUUAUUAUUGAAGGGAAAAAUUAUUCUGUUUUAAUUCAACUAAUAUUUAUUUUUUUAAUCAGUAUUAUUUCAUUUUCAGGAACACUAUAUUGGUCUCAUGGAUUAACUACAAAAAGUAAAGAGUUCUUUUCAUCAAAAAGUAUUACUGAAGAAAGAUGUAACGUUCUAACAAAGAAACAAUUUUCUUGUCUUGGACUACUGAAACAAAUCUUUACUGUUUCAGAAGAAUUUGAAUUUCCUGACAAUAUUUCUGAUGACUCAGGUGUUGAAUGUGAAACACAACAAGAAUAA